AUGAAGAUUUUUUUGCAUUUUCAGAACAAAAUGGGUAUCUCCGUGAAGGAUGUGGAUUCCCACACAUUCACCAAGGCUUUGGCAGCCUUCCUAAAAAAGUCUGGAAAGAUGAAGAUCCCAGAAUGGGCUACAAUUGUCAAGCUGUCUAAGUUUAAUGAGCUGUCUCCUUAUGAUGAGGACUGGUUUUACACAAGGGCAGCUUCUAUCUGUCGUCAUCUGUACAUCCGAUCCCCAGCUGGAGUCGGUGCUCUGACCAAAAUAUACGGAGAUCGUAAACGUAACGGAACAGUCCCAAGCCAUUACUGCCGUGCCUCCGGCUCUGUGGCUAGGCGAGUCCUCCAGGCUCUGGAAACACAGAAGUUGGUCGAGAAGGAUGCUAACGGUGGACGUAAACUGACCAGCCAAGGACAGAAAGAUCUGGACAGAAUCGCCGCACAGGUCAAGGAAAAGACAAAGUCCAAGUGAACUUUGAACUGUGAUGGGGAACAUUGGGGGAAUCAUUAAUAAAUAAUGAUUGAAAGAAAAAAAA